GUAGUAAUUCUGCGAACACUUCACGUGUGAUUGUGUGUUGACCUUUUCUCCAUCCUCUGUAUGGAUUUGUAACUUUUUACUGUAAAUGUAGGGGAUAAAAAAGCGCAUGUUAAAGUUGUAAAUAUGGCUCUGAAUAAAAUACAGACGUAUCAUCGGAGUAUGUUCAGGUGUCUUCAGGAGGUGAUAUCUCAGAGAUGUUUACUUGCUGUGUCCUCGAUUCACACCACAAGCCCUCAGUCAAACUCCAACCGUUGCUCUGUGGUUCGCUGCAGCAGACAGAAAUAUGAGCACAUGUACCCGGUCUUGCUCGUGCGUCCAGACGGCUCCACCAUUAAUAUCAGAUACAAAGAACCCCGGAGAAUUAUAAUGAUGCCUGUGGACAUUACAAGUCUGUCAGAGGAGGAGAGAAAGGCCAGGAUCCGAAAGAGGGAUCCUAAGAAGGGAGUGGCUAAACGAAACGAUGAUGAGUUUGAAGAUGACUUUAAACUGGAGGACUACAGCAAGUUCUGGAAAAAAACAUGAACAGGCUGGCUUGCUUCAUUCAGCAUGUGUAUGCUGUUUUACAGAACUUAUGUACAGAACUUAUGCUGUUAUGUUUUUGUCUAUCAUCAAAUCAUUAAAGCUUAAAACCAUAGAAGUGAA